AAGGGACGGGGGAGGACGGUCCUCCCCUAGCCCGGACCUGCAAAGGGCGACCCCGCGCGGCGGCGGCCUCGGCGGCGGUGGCGAGUGGGUCGGGCUCGCCGCAGCCCCAGCAGGAAGCGCCCGCGCUGGGCCGCCCCCGGCGCCGGGAGCUGGAGCCGGGCGGAGCCCACGCCGGGGCGCAGGGUGGCUCUGCCAGUCCCCGCGCGCCUGGGCGGCCGCACACGUGUCCAGGCGUCACGUCCGCGCGCGCCCCCGGGGCUUGCGUCAGCGGCCGCUCCUGGAGCUGCUGGGCCGGGAUCUGCGCGCCGCUCCGGGGUCGGGCCCCGUACGCCUGCGAGAGGAAGGCACCGCGCCGCGGAGAACGCGCCAGGGCUCCUCGGAACGUCCCGGGGGCUGCGGAGGGCGUCUGCGCAGCCCGGACCCGGCCCGACCCACCUCCUUGCCGAGAGCUGAGCGCCCCGGUGACCCGCCGUCCCGGGCUGGGCGCCGUGGCGUUGCCCCGGAGCCUGCCGCCCGCGGGGCGCGCACCGCCUUGACCCGGGCGGCCCCGCGGCAGGCAGGCAGGCGCCCGCAGUUCCAUGGUGGGCUCGGAGCGCGAUGAGCCGCCCGUCCUCCACCGGCCCCAGCGCUAACAAACCUUGCAGCAAACAGCCGCCGCCGCAGCCCCAGCACACUUCGUCUCCGGCUGCGCCCCCGGCCGCCGCCACCAUCUCGGCUGCGGGCCCCGGCUCGUCCGCGGUGCCCGCCGCGGCGGCGGUGAUCUCGGGCCCCGGCGGCGGUGGAGGUGGUGGCGGGGCCGGAGCAGUGUCCCCGCAGCACCACGAGCUGACCUCGCUCUUCGAGUGCCCGGUCUGCUUUGACUAUGUCCUGCCUCCCAUCCUGCAGUGCCAGGCCGGGCACCUGGUGUGUAACCAAUGCCGCCAGAAGUUGAGCUGCUGCCCGACGUGCAGGGGUGCCCUGACACCCAGCAUCAGGAACCUGGCUAUGGAGAAGGUGGCCUCGGCAGUCCUGUUUCCUUGCAAGUAUGCCACCACGGGCUGCUCCCUGACUCUGCACCACACAGAGAAGCCAGAGCAUGAAGACAUUUGUGAAUAUCGUCCCUACUCCUGCCCUUGUCCCGGUGCCUCGUGCAAGUGGCAGGGGUCGCUGGAGGCCGUCAUGUCCCAUCUCAUGCAUGCCCACAAGAGCAUCACCACCCUGCAGGGAGAAGACAUCGUUUUCCUAGCCACAGACAUUAACCUGCCAGGGGCUGUCGACUGGGUGAUGAUGCAGUCGUGUUUUGGCCAUCACUUCAUGCUGGUGCUGGAGAAACAAGAGAAGUAUGAAGGCCACCAGCAGUUUUUUGCCAUCGUUCUGCUCAUCGGCACCCGCAAGCAGGCUGAGAACUUUGCCUACAGACUGGAGUUGAACGGGAACCGGCGGAGACUGACCUGGGAAGCCACGCCACGCUCCAUCCACGAUGGUGUGUCUGCGGCCAUCAUGAACAGCGACUGCCUCGUUUUUGACACAGCCAUAGCCCAUCUCUUUGCAGAUAAUGGGAACCUGGGCAUCAACGUAACUAUCUCUACAUGUUGUCCAUGAGUCACCGGGUGGCUCUUGGAAACCCCCAAGAUUCUCUGGGCACCGUGCUCUAUGCUUAAUAAAGGUUCUUACAGAGGUUUGGCCAACACAUCUUUACCAGUCAGCUCCCCGUCCCGACAGAGAGCAACACUGGAAUGCACAGGGAUGGCCUGCUACCUGUUAGGAGGCCGUCCUCCCGGCGCUGAUCACUCCACUGCUCACUGGGGUUUGCUUCCAGAACAACACAUGGCAGGGAGCUCAGGGUCCCCUUAGAACAGGCAGUUGCAAAGCAGAGGGUCCUGGCUGCCACCUGCCUCCAUCCACAUCUGCGCUGACAAAAGCACAGUGACCGAAUAGCAGAUUCCUAACCUUGACUCCUCUUGGGAGGGGAAUGGCUUGACUGUAUCUUAAACAAGAGUUGUUCCAACUGGAUAGCUCUCCAGUCUACACAGAAAUCACCUGAAGUCCUCAUCCCAAAAGUAGUGAUUUGGGGAGGCCAUGAAUUACAACAGUCUGGUCACCAAGGAAAGUCUGAGGAUUCCUGACUUAAACUUUAAACAAGAAAAGAAAGUAAAGAAAGG